CAUAGAAAAUGCCAUUUCGUACUAGCGUCAAUUUGUGCAAUCCAAAGCUGAACUAGUCUACUAGGUAUUACAAAACUGCUCUCUCGUGGAACCCUUCUUUUUCCCGCCUAGAUGGACUACGAGCGAGCAGACUGGUUUCAACUUUUUUUACAGUCUUCUCUCUCUCUCUCUUUUUUUAAAGUCAUGUUUAACUAUUGCAGCGUGGCCGCGCGCACAGAUGACGUAACUAGUUUACCAAGAUGAGUUAGAGAAACUGCGGUUUCAGUCUAUCUGCAGUUCUCCCACUUAGUUGGAGAAGCUGAUUGAUGCGGAUUAUGUUCCAUUUUCAGGAACUUGAAGAGUGUCCCCUGGAAGAGGAUGGAGAAGCACUCCAUGGCAUUGGGGAGGAAGAUAAUGACAUUGAUCAAUUUAAUGAUGAUACGUUUGGAGCAGGAGCAGUUGACGAUGAUUGGGAGGAGCAGCAUGAGCGUUUGGCAGAGCUGGAAGAGCUUCAUGUCAGCAGCAUGGGAAGUGGAGGCAGUGAGUUGGAUCUUCUUGGAGAUGUCUGUGAGGACAACCUUGCAGAGAGUAUCAGCAAGCUAGUGAUCGCAGGUGGUUCCAGUGAACUAGCAGACCCUGCUGUUAUGAGUGUGCUUCAGCAACAGCCCAUGUCAAAGCCUGUGUCACUCCGAAGCUCUAGCAUUUGGGAUAGUCCUGAUGUCUACAGUGGGAUCCAGCCAUCACCUCUACCACAGGAGAGCCCUCUGCUUUCGAUAAUUAAAGACUAUGGCCUGCCCAAGGCACCACGGGUAGGGCGAGAGGAUGAGCGUGAUCUUUCAGAAUGCAUCUUGCCUCCACGCUCCACUUCACCUGUAAUAGGCAGUCCACCAGUUCGAACAGCACCUAUUGGCACUCCACCUAAGCAGCCAAUGACGACAACUUUUAGUCAGCAGAAAAUUCUAUGCCCAACACCUGUUCAUAUCCGUGCCCCACUACAGCAGCGUUUUCCAACUGCUUUCAGUGAGUCCAGGAUGUCUCCAAAUCAGCUAAUGAAUGUAGCAAAUUCUUCUUUACGAGGACAUAAUUUCCCUGCCAAUAUCUCGCCUGUAUUGUCUCUGCAGAUUGGAGCAGCCCAGACAGGCCGACUGUCCCCUAGUCACUUUGUCCGUGUGUCUGGAUUGAUGGGGAGUCCUCUAACACCUAUGAAUCCCAAGUUGCUUCAGGGGCGGGUGGGCCAGAUGAUGUCACCAGUCCCAGGCUUCCACCCCUUCUUUGGAGCUGCCCCCCUCCCUGCACAGACUGCCAGCCAUCUACAGAACAUGAGGUCUCAGAUAAAAUUCUGCAGACCUGACACAACCCAUCUUCACCCUCAGCACCGUAGACUUCUCAACCAGAGGUUGCAGCAGAACAGGAAUCAGAACAGAGGACAGAAUGGCUCAGGUGGAGAAAGACACUUCCGAAGCAACCAGCAGGAGCAAAUAAAGGCAGAUCCUUAUGCAAAUUUGAUGACACCACGUGAAAAGGAGUGGGUUUGCCGAAUACAGAUGAUGCAGCUACAAGGCACAGACCCCUAUCUUGAUGACUACUAUUACCAGCACUAUUUUGAAAAGCUAGAGAAGAACUCAUCCUCACCAAAUGCCAGUGGAGAUGGUGGCCCCAAGAAAGAACACACUAAACUAAUAACUCCUCAAGUGGCAAGACAGGAUCACACAUACACACCUGUACAGUUUGAGGGAUCGCUUGGGAAACUAACAGUUUCUAGUGUGAACAACCCACGAAAGAUGAUUGAUGCAGUAGUGACUUCACGAACUGAAGAUGAUGAGACAAAAGAGAAGCAGGUACGAGACAAACGACGGCAGACACUCUUCAUUAUUGAGAAGACAUACAGCCUUCUGCUGGAUGUGCAAGACAUGGAGAAGAAGUGCCUGCAGUCUGCCCUUGAUGAUAGACCAGCAGUGAUCGAACAGAGGAGGCAGUUCAUCCAGCAGAUUUAUGACAGUGUUUUUGGGAAGUCUUAUUCCAGCAGUAGGUUGAGUGAUGACCACUUUGUACAGGUGAUGUGCAUCCGGAAAGGAAAACGCCUGGUUUCAAGACUCCUCCCUUUUAUGCUAAUGGAGCAGGCUGUCACCAUCAUCAUGGCAACCAUCCGCAACCUGCCUUUCCUGCUCAAAAAAGACCAGCAAGAUGAGGUACUGCCCUGCUUGCUGGAGCCCUGUUCACUUCUUAUUAGCCAGUUGCCUUCUGCUGUAUUGACAAGCCUCCUUCAUCAAUUAGUGAAUCUACCUCAGACUGUGUCAUCAGUUCCUUCCCAGUCACAGGCAAAUAGUUCUUUGGCCUGGGUGCUACACAGCAGGUUUGCUUUAACAUUACUGUUACUAAUAUUGAGUCAGGGAGAGCGACUGCAGAGCUCUGAUGCCGGAGAAGAACUCUUGGAGGAUAACCAGUGGCCAGAACUAGUAUUUACAGUGGCACGGGAGCUGCUUAAAAUUCCUAAGUCCUCGCUGGCUCAGCCUGUUUUUAUUCCCUCCAAACUUCUGUCCCACUUCUCUCGCUUUUUGGACAGACAGAGUCUAAAUGAGCUUGAAACAAAGUUAAAGGACGCAAGCACCCCCCAUACCCCCUGCUAAUUGAAUAUACCAACUUCAAGGUCAUACUUCAUCAAGGAAAAUCCUUAUCCUGAAAGCUGGUGAAGACAUUGUGAUGUCCUUUGAUUUCGGAGUUUCUUUUUCUACUACCUGGGAGUGGAAGUGUAAAUGCUGCCUGAUGCUAUUUUUUUUUUUCAUCCUCUGCUCACAGUUCUAUCCCACACUGAAAUAAAGGCCAGGUUAUUCCCAUGAUUGCCCAGGUGGUGGGAAUUUGCAUUGUGAGCAUGACAUAAGAUUUAAUGUGGGAUCUCUGGCCACAGGAUGACUUAAAUCAAAUCAGGGGUCCCCGAAGAGAGCCUUCAGGGAGGACAGUAGAGUACUUGCAGCAAAGACUGCCACAGGUUGUAAAGACGUACACAUUCGCCUUACUUAAUGAUUGAGUGUGAGAGUGUUUCUGUAUGUUUUGAGGAAAUGAUUUAUUUUUUUGUCUGUUGUAUGUUAAUAUAAUACUGAAGUCUCAAAAUAUUUUGCACAUAAAGGAGCAUAAGUAAGUAAGAGCAGUUAAAAAUUUAUUACUUGUCAUAACAUGUAUUUUAUGUACAUUUUUAAGGCUAUUCAUUCUGCUACCCUCACCUCUGGAAGUUUGUUGAAUGCUGGUGGUUUUGGUGCAUUGGCUUUCUUUGUGUUAUAGAGGGGAUUGUUCAUACUACACUUAAGAAGAAAUGAAGGAAAUCAUUAGCUUAGGGCACUCACUUAUUUGGCUGCUAAGUAGUAGUGUUUUUAUAGUACUCUCAGUGAUGGGGAGAUCAAGAACAUUUGCUAGCUACAUGCAGGUUUUGUAAGUCUCACAAGCUGUUUCAAAAGUUAAACUUAUUAUUUUUUCAAGUGCAUUUUUGUUGUUUGAAGCAUUGCAGAUCAGGAACUGUUUGUUGCUUAGCUCCCCUCUUUUGUCAUAUUAUUUUUAUUAACUCACUGUUCGUUUUGUUAAAAAUCCAGACAGAAACCAAAAAACAAGCAUCUGCUCCAACAGGUUUCCAAAAUUUAUAAAGAAAACUUGCACUAAUUAACCAAGAAUUAAAAAAAAAGAAUAAACACACUGUACAGUGUUUAAAACAGAAAAUAACAAGUUCCUUAAGUGCAGUAAUUGGAUAUAACAUUAAGUCCAAUUAGGAUAGAUGCAUAAUAGUUUUUUAUAUUUUGUUUUUGCCUCCCCCUUGUCCAUGUUAACCAUCAAGGUCUCCCCUAGCAGGCUGAAUCCUUUUCAUUCAUCAAUAAGAGGGAUGUACCUAGUAAUAUAUUGGGGGUGAGAGUUGUCCAAGGAUAUCAUAUUGCCAGCCAUGAGGGUUGUUUGUGCCCUUGCCAGUGUCCUGGCAACUAAGACUAUUUCUGUGUCCCUAACCCCACCCAUAGGUGGUGAAAUGAGCCAUCAGCAUCACCAUGGAAACCCACUCUGCCUUCCCAUUCCCCCCCCAUAUAAGUGCUUGCUUCCACACACCUGCUAAAAAAGUCUACCGGCAAGCAGUGGCUUGAUGAGCUAAAGCCUGCUUCCAGGCCACACACACCACACAUCUUGUCUUCACUACUUCAAAACAUGUUGCUUGCAUGUGAUCUACUCUGCCCUCUGGAUUGGCAUACCAUCAUGUCCUGCCAGUGCCAUUGAGCGCCUGAGUCACUGUUUGAGUUCAGGUCACCAAGUAGUUAGGAAUUUAUUCCUUCCAUGUAAAGUCUAUGAUGCUGUCCAGUUUGGACACUUUUCUUGAACUUGUGAGAGAGCUUGUAAUGCUUAAAUCACAAUAUGCGUGUUUAGUUGAACUGCUUUGUGAAGACAGCAUUUGGUGCUUUUGCAUGUAGUAAUAGAACAAAGUGGUAGAAGUGGGCACCACCAGUACUGCAGAACAGUGUGCUAUAUUUCCUUUUCUAAAUCAUUUUCCCUGCCAGCAUUUUAGAUUUGGUCCACACAGUUUUUUUUUUUUUUUUUUUUUAACAGCUCGUGCUGCACAGGAAAAAGUCUUUUAACUACCUUUUCACUUCACAACGAGAUGUUCUUUUUGGGCAAGUGGAAAGAACUGUGGUUUUCUGAGGAUAACAUGAAAUGGAAUCCUUGUAACGAGAGCAAAUCAGACAUUUUGGUAGCUUUAAAAAAUGAAUUGUGUAGCUAUGUCAGUCUUUAAAGAUAUUUGCUAAUUAUUAUAUUUUUAUGAUGACGCCUGAAACUUAAGAUGUGCUGUUUGAGCAUUUUCUGACAGGGAGAAGUUUCCUUUCUGACUCUCUCUCACCCAAAACAAAACAAAAGAUACCUGAAACAGUUAAGAACAAAGCCCAAGCUAUGACACUGGUUGGGGACUCUCCACAGCUGCAUUUUAGUACACAGCCAUUGUACCAAGUUGAAAUUAUAGCCUUGUUUAGGGAAUGUCUGCAUGUUUGAAGAUUUUGCUAGGAAUAAUGUUCAGAAGAUGCUGUUAUGAAAAGCAGGAAGCUGCAGUUCUGAAAGUACUUGUAGCUACAGAAAGCCUGCAGUGUAUUAUUUUGGAAUGGAAGCUGCAACAGGAUUGUUCUGUAUUUCUUUACUUAUAAACUGCCUUAAGAGUUGUGCCCUUAUUAAGUUAGUAAAAAAGAGAAUACAUGCUAGCUAUCCCUUUUUUCUAGAGGAACGUGAACUGUGAAAACAGAGAAAGGAGAUGCCAUUGAUUUACAACAAAAUGACAAGUAGCAGUUGGCAAUUAGUAUUUGAUUGUAAUCUGCGCAGUAGUACCCAAGUAGCAUUUUUCAUGAAAACAGUGAAACUUUCAGGAGUUGAAAUUACAUAUUAGCAGUCAGGUGACUAGGGUACCUUUUAUGUAGUCAACUAGCUUAUCAAAUGUGCAUAGUAAAAUGAGUUGUACAGCUCUUGGCCUUUUGGUUUAGAGGGAUAAAGCCUUGACUGUGAUCCAGAUGGAACUAAGUUUGAGUGGUGGCUUGCAGACUGGAAGGACUGAGGCAGGGGAGAAUGAAAGGGAUCAGCUGUUUGGGAAGGAGACCACAUCCCCAUUGCACUACUGACCCCAGCCAGAGAGAUGGGUUUCUGGAGGGUACCCACUGUUGGGUGUGCAACAAACAUCACCCUAAGCAAGGCUAGAUGUUGCUGGGAACAUUUCAAGGCACACAGAAAGACAUGCUAGAGCAAAAGUACUAUCGUAGUAACCAGCCAAAAUAAGAAGAGAGGUUAGGUGGUAAUGGAGGGAACCCCAUCACACAAAUGAAAACCUACCAGUUCCUGACUGCUAUUUCUGAUGGGAACCAGUUGAUUAGUUGUUGCCCCAGUCAGGAAGCAAAUGGGCCAAAGGGCUCCUGCAGUAAUUGGAAAAUGAACAGACUCGCUGUCACCCAUUAUGGAGAACAAAUUGGUGAUUAAAUGGCUUGUUGGUAUUGGGUAGCAGUUUAGCUUGUCAAAUAUGGUUGUUUGCUAGUUGUUUUUAUUGAUUUAGAUUUUUAAACCGGGACUUGUUGAAUUAUUGUUUUAGGAAAUCCUCAGUUUGAAAACUCCCAAAUUAACAGACUGUAUAAGUGAGCAGAUGUGUUCUUCAUGUAAUCAGCAGAUUUGCUGGUUGAGAAGGGUACUUAACCCCCUGUUUCCAUAUCUUUGUGUAAUUCCAAAAUGCAGUGUCCUUAUAACUGUCAUCCACAUUGGGGUUAUCAGGAGUUUGUUCCCAGCUGCAUUUUUUUUUUACAAAAGAGUUUUGGAAAGAUGAGUUGUAUAUUGCCCUUAGUAUAAGUUAUGGUUUCCUUGAAACCACUUUGCCGAGUGGAUGUUAAGAUUUGUCAAAAAAGUCAAACUGCAACCAGCAAAAUGAUUCUUUAAUAGGGAAGUAAUUGAAUAAUAAGUUUACGUUGUCUUGUACACAAAUGCACUGAAAUUUUGGCUAAUUGGAUAGUGCAGGUUGAGAUUGCUGAACUGGAAAAAGUACAUAGUCAUCAUCUGUGCAAGCACAACUUUAGGGAUUUCUUCAUUAAAGCAUUUUAUAAUUGUGAGUGUCUGUAGUCUCUUGAGAUGGCUGCUUUCUUAGUCCCAUCUGCAGCUCAUUUAUUGCUGUUAUAUUUUAGUAGUUACACACUGACAAAUUAACAUUUUUUAUAAUUUUGCUUUAGACAAAAGAAAACUCCUUUGUUUUUGUGUUGACUGUUUAAUGGGGCACCAACAUCAAUUACAAGUAAACACAAAGGAGUGAUCACUUAACAGUAUGUACACUUCUGGCACUCAGAAGCAGUUUUCCUGGGAAUCACAUAGUUAUUUCAUGUUGUCUUUUGAAUUUAUAUUUUACCAUACUGUUUUUAAAUUUUUUAAUUGCUUCAGGAUUUUGCUGCAUGAUAUUCAAAGUGAAGUUUGUAGUCACCCUGCAGAUGCAGACAAGGCUAGGCACCAGUUCAGACAUGCUUAUUAUUGGUCCUUAAUGAAUAGUAAUGUUGAGCGACUGCUCUUUGUAUAUGUCAUAAGAUGCUGGUAAGCUGCAGCCAAAUGAAGUAAAAAAAAAAAAAGUGGACACUUUAUAUUUGCUAGUGGUAUGCAAUACUUGUAUUGAACAAUUUGUAUGUUUCUUCUGGUUGCAUUAUUGUGGGGACAUUUUCCAGUUAAUUGAAGAAUUGCAUUCCCUUCUCUCAUCAGUCACAUCUGUGCAACAUGUACAGAUAACCAUGCUGACAACUCUGCAAGCAUGAUUGUUCAGUACAUAACACUAUCAGAUGCUUAACUAGGGCAGAACAAGGUCUCCAGUGCCACUCAGAACUAGUGAAGUACCUGUGUUUGCAAUCAUCUGAAGCACUACUGCUUCAAUGCUCUGUGUGGUAUUUUAGAAAGUAGCAAACUGCUUGCAACAUUUGUAGCAUGUGGCUUGCUACAAUUAUUUAGAAAGAAAGAUCUUUAUUUGAUUCUGAGCCUGAGCUCAAGGGACUUUGAGUUAAGAGAGGGGUGCAAGAUCAGGGAACUGCACCAAGUGCCACUACACUUAGCUGCAGCACUGUACACAGUUACGUUUGUGUAGACUGUCAUAUUUUUUUAAUAAAAUCUACAAUUGGAAUUUGUCUAGCAUUUUAUAAUUUAGGAUUUUCUUGGGUUUUCUCCACAUGCAGAAAUUGAGAAACCCCGAAUACAAGUGAAUUAAAGAAGCUCCUCAACCCGCCAGUCAGAAAGCCAGUAGUAUUGGUAAUUAAGCCUUAAAGAUAACUGGUUUUAAAUUGUGUUAUGGAGCCAGCUAUAUACAAAUCUGCUGUUACGAGGUACUUGUAGCUUUUUUGGACUAUACCUGUUACUUUAAAUUCAAGCUAUAUAGAUUUCCAUUAUAGCCUUUCAUGACAACUGUUAGCAGUGUCCGCAUGCUUAGUCAAUGAUCAAAGAAAGUGUGGAUGAAAGCUGCCGAUAAAAUUAAUGAGACUUAAAGUCAAAGUACUGUUCUAGCUAAGCAAAGAUAAUUUAGAGAGGGUGGAGGUUCUAAAAUGCCUUUUGGAAAAUGUUGGGCUUUGCUUUUCUCUAAAUGACAAUAUUUUGGAUUGUCUGCCUUCAUUUUGGUGAUUUACAACCCCUCAUGCUCCCUAAUCGCAGUUUUUUUGUAUUACUGAACCACAUGUUCUUGUUCAGUGAUCAGAGAAAAUUGAAAAUGAAACACUGUAAGUUGUAUUAUUUGUUGAAUUUAUUAGUGUGUAGUUGGCAGUUGUCCUUUGCUGGAGAGUGUUUUUAAUAUCACUUAUCAGUCCAUGUGUUCCACUGCUGUAGUACAGUUUAGCAUUAGUUUCCCAGUAUCCCUACCAGAGCCAAAGAUUGCCAAUGUCUGGGUUUAGGGAUUUGUGUCUAAUGAGAUUGUGGUCUAUACCUAAAUAAAUUGAGUGACUUCUUCCCACCUGUGAAUGUUAAAUGUAUGGCCUCAAUCUGUUGUUACAGAAAAUAAGUUGGUUUAUAUUCAUGCUUUGACAUUAUAUUGGCUUCUACUCUGUCUAGGAGAUGUCAUGUAAUGGGCAUAUGUUUCCUAACCAUGUAAUCUUACGUGUUUUUACAGUGGGUCAAGUUGUUAAAAUAACCUGCAGAGUUUGCACACAAAGUAUUGCAAAAUCCAGAAUCCUUAUCAUCGCUGCAACUCUUGUUCCCUUACUGUACAGAUUGCAAUUUUUUUAAUUCAUUUUAUGUAAAUGUUUGCACAUUUUAUUAAAAAAGUACUUUAAGCUCUAGAUAUUUAACUGCUAAUAAAAAUAAAUCAUUGUUUGCCUCCAUCUCCCAGGGAAAUGAGGGGGAAGUAUGUAUUUUAA